UUAAAAAGUAUGCUACACUUUUGGCAGACAAAUUAUACAUAUUGCAUAUCCAGACUACGGGAGAAGAGAAGGAUUUUCACAGAUGUUAUCUACAAAUUAAAGCUAAUCUAGUUGAAGGAGGCACACUGUGUUGCAAAGGAAAAAUGUGGAGGAGUUCACCUCUUUUCUUCCUUCUCCUGUUGUGUCAUAUUUUGGAUGUAAGCUUUGGGCAGAAUAAGAAAAAGCAGGGCCAACAAUCCAGCAGCCUCCUCCUAAAAGAUGAGGGUAAAGACCUUGAAUGUGACUUUGACAUUGCUUAUAUCCUGGAUAGCUCUGAAAGCUCCAAGUAUGGACUGUUCCAGAAGCAAAAAGAUUUUGUGGCAAAUUUCAGUUUAAAACUUAUGGACAUAACAUUGAAUAACUGGAAGUUAAAUAUCAGACUGGCCCUUUUGCAGUUCAGCAGUCAUGUGAAGAAAGAGUUUCACUUUCAAGACUGGGAAAAUGUUGAGAAGUUCAACUCCAAAGUCUAUGCAAUGAAUUACAUUGGCCACGGUACAUAUUCAUUCUAUGCCAUCACUAAUGCUACUCAGCUUUUUCAUGAAGAAGCUAAACCUCACGCAGUCAAGGUGGCAUUGCUAAUGACUGAUGGGGUAGACCAUCCAAAAAGUCCAGAUGCUUUGAACGCUGCAGCUGAGGCUAAAAAUAACAACAUUAAGCUGUUCACUAUUGGCCUAUCGGAUAUCGCAAGGAGGACGCCAAUUAAUGCUAAGCUGCGCUCCUUAGCUAGCUCUCCAGCCCAGCAGUAUGUAUACAGCCUGACAGAUCAAGACCUGCAGGAUACACUAUUCUUGCAGUUGAAAAAAGUUGCAGAUGAUCAGUGUCCUCAGCAAUGUUUUUGUGAGAAAGGGGAGAAAGGGCCACCAGGAAUCCAAGGUAAAAAAGGAGAACAAGGUCGUCAAGGUCCUGCAGGUCCACAAGGUGCAAAGGGUGAGUCUGGUAUCAACGGAGGACCUGGUAUGAAAGGAUCACAGGGCCGACCUGGCUUUGAUGGUGAAAAGGGUGAAAGAGGUGAAUGUGGAAGUCCUGGAAUAAAAGGAGACAGAGGACCAGUGGGGCCACAUGGAAUGAGGGGACCUAGAGGGCCACAGGGCUUAACUGGACCGAUAGGUGACGCAGGACCUGAAGGAACGCCUGGUCCAAAGGGUGAUCGUGGCCCAGAUGGACUGCCAGGACCUCAAGGUGAGAGUGGCAUUGGAUUUCCAGGACCUAAGGGAGAUAAAGGCAUACAAGGAAGACCAGGCCCAGUGGGGCCCACUGGCAGUGGAGAGCCAGGUGUACCUGGUCCUCCAGGUCCUAUUGGUUUUCCUGGGAAUUCAGGACCACCAGGUGAAGGGGUUACUGGUCCCAAGGGUGACAGAGGCUAUGAAGGACCACGAGGUGCUCGUGGUUUACCUGGAAUUGGAGCUAAAGGGGAAAAGGGCAGCAUGGGACCACCAGGGAUUAUCGGACCAAUUGGCCCUCCAGGAGCAGGAAUUCAGGGAGAUAAGGGGGAUCAAGGCCCAGUAGGCCCACCAGGACCUAGAGGAAUCCAGGGAAUUUCCAUAACUGGUCCAAAGGGAGACCAGGGCUUUCCAGGGGAAACAGGAGUGACUGGUGAGAGAGGCAUUGGCGACCCAGGACCUAAAGGUGAUCAAGGUCCACCUGGGUCCCCAGGAAUUCAUGGAAUUCCUGGGGAAGAUGGAGCAGUGGGUCCGAAGGGGGAAGCAGGUUUACCAGGAGUCCGAGGCCCAGACGGCACACCCGGAAAAGGAAUACCUGGAGAAAAGGGUGACAGAGGUGAAAGAGGGAUUAGAGGAUUACCUGGUGCACAAGGAUCAGUGGGACUUACCGGUGCUAAGGGUGAGCCUGGAAGAGCUGGACCAAUUGGUGUGCCUGGACCACCAGGACGAGGAAUUCAAGGAGCAAAGGGUGAUGUGGGUCCACAUGGACCACCAGGACCAGUGGGAGAUACAGGCAUCGGGGCACCAGGACAAAAGGGUGAAAGAGGUUUACCUGGAGCAACUGGACCACCUGGACCCAAAGGGGAAGGAAUCCCUGGUCAGCAGGGACUGCCAGGACCAUCAGGGCAACCUGGAGAACCUGGACCAGAAGGCAAAGGAUUUCCAGGAACUAAGGGAGAUCGUGGAUUACCAGGCAGUCCAGGUCCAGCAGGCCCUCUUGGAAUUGGAAUUAUGGGGCCAAAGGGUUCUUUAGGUCAACUUGGCCCCGCAGGACCCAGAGGUUUACCAGGCGAAGGAAUACAGGGACCCAAGGGAGAGCCUGGGUUUCAGGGUCUGCCCGGACCCAGAGGUCUAAAUGGUGUUGGUAUUCCUGGAGAGAAGGGUGAUCGUGGAUAUGCAGGAGAGCAGGGAAAAAAAGGGGACAGAGGGGAAAUUGGAGAAAUAGGCUCACCGGGUCAACCAGGAAAAGAUGGACAAAAGGGGGAACCUGGUUUGACGGUUAAUGAAAUUAUUAAAUUAAUCCGAAAAAUGUGUGGGUGUGGUGUUAAAUGCAUCGAGAGCCCACUUGAACUUGUCUUUGUCAUUGAUAGCUCAGAAAGUGUUGGACCUGAGAAUUUUGAUAUUAUGAAAGACUUUGUGAAUGCCCUAAUAGAUCGAGUUUCUGUUAGUCGUGCAGGAACACGUGUAGGUGUGGUUCUGUACAGCCACAUUCACAUAACUGUAGUCAGUCUUCAACAGCACUCGAACCAAGAGGAUGUUAAAGCAGCUGUGCGUAAGAUGCCAUAUCUUGGAGAAGGCACCUACACAGGCAGCGCCAUCAAGGCAGCUAAUCAAAUCUUUGAGGUAUCACGGCCAGGAGUAAGAAAAGUAGCAAUUGUUAUAACAGAUGGUCAAGCAGAUGAGCGAGAUGCUGUGAAACUUGAAGUGGCUGUGCGAGAGGCUCAUGCCAUUAACAUUGAAAUGUUUGUUAUUGGAAUACUGAACAAGAGUGACCCGGAGUUCAUCAACUUCCAAAGGGAAAUGCACAUAAUUGCAUCUGAUCCUGAUGAUGAGCAUGUUUAUCUGAUUGAUGACUUUAUGACUCUGCCAGCCCUGGAGAGCAAACUUCUCAGCAGAAUUUGUAGAACAGAAGAUGGUGACCUUUUAAGUCCUUUUCAUGACUCUCUACUUCCUCCGGGAGUUACCGCCAGUCCAGACAUUCACUUUGUGACACAAGAUAAUGUAGAUGAAAAUAACAAGGAAGAAGGUGACAGCCAGGAAAUCUAUAUACCAGGUCUAGAUAACCACUUGACUAUAAAGGAAAGUGCAAGUGAAGUCAUUUUUGAGAACACAAUCCCAACAAUCCUUCCAAGACCUCCAUCAGGCAGAACAACAUCAGCAACUGCUGCUCAUUCAGGGAGAACCAGAGGAAGACCACUGGCCACUGCUGCUCCAGUGACGCAACCACCAACAUUAUCCCUGGAAACGCUAUCCUUAGAUAAAAGAUGCACUGAAGUAUUACAUCAAGGCAACUGCCGAAGCUACGUGGUGAAAUGGUACUACGACUCUACCGCAAAUUCAUGUGCUCAGUUCUGGUAUGGAGGGUGCGGAGGCUCUGGAAAUCGAUUUGAUUCCGAACUGGAAUGUAGACAGUUAUGCAUAAAAAUAAAAUAGAAUCAAUGAACUGACCCACAUCCAUGUUGUUUUACCUCUUCAACUUAAACAACUCUUUCCAAAGAGCACUGAAGACCUUUGCCAGUUGAAGUGACUGCUGUAGUGAAAACGACUAAAGUCAAGUGUGUUCCAUUUCAAAUAUUACAAGAUGGCCUGAGCCACUAACAUAGCUAUUAGCACAGAGUGGGAUGUGUACAAAAUGCCCUGAGGUGCUGCACUUCACAUCUGUACUUGAAGAGGAGCUCUUGUAUUUCUAAAGCUGCCCCUUGUACACAUUCAGAUUUGCUUUUGUUGUUUAAGCAAGUGACCCCAUCCAUUGUGACCCCGAUUCGAAGUUUACCCUCUCCCUCUGCUGUCACCCUUGACCGGGAAGGAUAACAAGUUGUAAAAGGCAAAGAGGUAAAGAACAGCAACUCAAAACACAGGAGCUGAGAACUCAACUCUGCAACCAUAAUGCAAAAAAGAAAACGGCAAUAGGGGACGUGCUGCAGAGAAUUCAUAACGGUACCCCACAACAAGAACGCAGAGACACUCCUGAAUGCGGAGAUUUGCUGCUACAUUUGUUCUCAUUUUCAACUCAACUGGUGUCUACUAUCGGUAAAGCAUUAAUGAAGUGAUAAUUGUACUAAUGAUAGUUUUAUUCGUAUAAAUGAAUGUCAUUGUAUUCUGAUAUAAAAUGCUACCAUAUAUCCAAAGUCACAGUUGCCAGCCUCGUUUAAUAUCAUUCUGUAAUUUCUUUGGGUUAGCCUAACCCUCUAACUUGAGGCAGCAGUGGGAUUCUCGUAAUUUUCUUUUUUUCUCCUGGGUACAUUUAUCCAUUUUUAAAAUAUAAAGAAUGGAGAAGAAGUCAAUGGCACUAAUUUAAAUCAAUUACGCAGAUAACAAAAAUUGAAGAGAUCUAUGAAGAAAACAGGUUGCUAUAAGCUGUGUUUAAAGCAUACAGUAUGCAAUGUGAUGUUCAAUAUAUGCAUGAAGAUUGUUUUAGUUUUUGACAAAAAUGGCAAGGAGGGGCGUUGAACUCAGGUAGAUUAUUCAUCACUCGCUGCAUUUGUCUUUGAAGAAACAAAAGCAUCUUCACAAAACUAACUGCGCUCCUCUACAGACAGAGCGGUUCAAUAAGCCUUUUUUAAUAAAAUGUUUAAUGUACAUGUCAUGUAAAGAGUGACUUAAGCUAAUGAUCGGUGACCUUUAUGUAACAUGCUUAAAUAAUUUCAUUUUUGUAUAUUAAAAGCAAUAUCCUUA